AAAAGAGGAAGAAAAGCCGGUAACUUUGAAAGGAGGAGGGUGAGCUGAAGAGAAGGCGGAGUACAUCGCCUAACCCGUGAAUCUUGGGCCCUCUUCUCUUCGCCUCUCUCCUCUUCCUAUACCGGCUUCUCUUCCCUUUUCACAUUAUCAAUAGCUUCGCAUUUUACAUUAUACUUUCUCUCUCUCUCUUUCUCUCUUUUCUAUCUAUAUAUAUAUAUAUAUAUAUAUAUACAAAGAGAUCGAGAGAGAGAGAGAGAAAGGCACCUCUGCCAGCAAAGAAAGCGAAGGAUUGGAGAAGGGUUUUCCCCUUUCCCUUGCUUCUUGUAUAAGUUCUCUUCUUUCUCCACGAGUCAAUCCCUCCUCUCUCUCUCUCCCUCUCUCUUUUUGUGUCCUGCUUUUUUGUUGAGGUCGGGCGACGAAAUGAAACAGUAGAUCUACAUUGUUCAUUGGGUUGCUCCUGCAUUCUUUAGCUUUCUUGGCCACCAUCAUCUUCCUCUUUCCCUUGGUUGUGUACAAGGAAAUGGUGUGGUCGUUGCAGUGGAUGGAAGAACCAGAGUUGUGUUGGAUGGGGGGAGGAGCGGUUGGUGGGGGUGGGAGCGAGGGAGAAGGUGGCUGUGGAGGAAGAGGAGGAAGGAGGAGAGGGAAUGGUGAUUGUUAAUUUCGCCGGUCGUGACACAGAGAGAGGAAGAGAGAGAGAGAGAGUGACAAUGUCGACUUGUUCGUCUCCUUCGUUGUCCAUGAGGCGCCAUUGGUGGAUGACUAAUCGCAAGGUGGCGGAGAAACACGUGAAGGAAGCGCGAGCUCUAUUGGCGAGCCACGACCAAGCCCAGAAGCAGGCGGCGCUUGGCCUGCUUGACGCCGCUAUCGCUCUGUGUCCCCGCUGGGACACGCCCCUCCAUCUCAAGGCCACCGCCCUCCUCCGUCUUCAACGCUACCGAGACGUCGCCGAACUCUUCCGAGACGACAUCCCCCCCUCUUCCAGUUUCCCUGACGACUCAGCCGCCUCCUCCUCCUCUGACUCACUCUCGCGCGAGAACCUCAACCUCCUUCCGCCAACCAAUUCCGCGGUCCUUACCCGCUGCUUCUCCGUCUCCGACCUCAAGCAUCGCAUUGCCGCCAGAGAUACUCCUCGAAGCAGCGGCCAUCACCACCAUCGUCAGUACUGGCGCUACCUCAUCCUCGGACAGGCUCUCUCCCACCUCGGCCUCCUGGAGGAAUCCCUCCAGCUUCUCCAGGCCGGGAAGCGCCUCGCCUCCGCGGCCUCUCGCCGGGACAGCGUCCUUUCCUCAGAUGACGUCUUUGCCGCAUCGGGUGGCUGCGCAAAUGCCGCGGCGGCAGAGCUAGAUAGUGCCACGCAGCUACUUUCCAACUUGAAGUUUCUCCUCCGGCGCCGCGCUGCCGCACUAGCUGCACUCGAGAAUGGCAUACCGCCGGAGGCGGUACGUCACCUUUCGAAAAUAUUGGAAGGCUCUCGCCGGGCCGUUCCACAGGCUUUCCUCGCUGAGUGCUACACCCUACGCGCAGCUGCCUACCGGGCAGGUGGCCGGAUUCCGGAAGCGAUAGCCGACUGCAACCGCGCGCUCGCCCUCGAUCCCACCUGCGUUGACGCUCUAUCCGCCCGCUCCUCCCUGCUUGAGCAUGUCCGGUGCUUCACCGAGUGCCUGCAGGACCUUGAGCACCUGAAGCUCCUCUACGACUCGAUCCUUCGUGAUCGGAAGCUCCCCGGCCCGGCCUGGAGGCGUGGUGGCCGCGGCGGUCAAUUCUCCGUCGGGGAAUUUGCUGCGAACUCGAGGUCCGUAGCCGGCAAGAUCGCCGAGAUGAAGCGGAUGGUGGUGGCAGGCUCUACUCCGCCAGUGGACUACUACGCCCUGCUGGGUCUGCGGCGCGGAUGCACCCGCUCGGAGCUGGAGUGCGCAUACCGGCUUCUGUGCCUCCGACACCGGCCGGACCGCGCCACCACCUUCGUUGAGCGCUGCGAGUUCGUCGAGGAUCGGGACGCUGACGGCGUGAGGGACCAAGCGAAGAUGUCGGCGUUGCUGCUCUACAGGUUGCUGCAGAAGGCCUAUGCCAACGUCAUGGCUGCCGUGCUGGAGCAAGAAGCAGCUGCCAAGCAGAAGAGAGCAGCCGCCGCAGCAGCAGCAGCAGCAGCGGCUGCAGCGGCUGCCGCUGCGAUGGCCGAAGCAAAGGCCACGACCACCGUGUCGAGAAUUAUGGACGUUAGAAAGGGCGGCCGCAACCGAAAACCGUCAAACUGCUCCAGCACCAAGCAGGAAUUACCGGAUAAUUCGCCGGUCCCAGCGGCAUUUCCUGGCGGGUUUUGCCGCGAAAUUGGAGGUGCCGGGGGCAUUCUUUCGCCGAGUUUUGCGCCGCGCCAUCUUCACGAAACCUUGAGCUGCUGAAACUUUCAGACUCUUUCGUCCGGCGUCCCUUGUCUUCUGUGUAAAAAUUUGUCGAAUCGGCGGAUGGAAAAUUUUGCUUCUUUGGAAGGUCUUUUGCUCUGUGUUCAUUCUACCCUGUUCUGUUGUUACUUGGUAAUACAAUGUAGAGUUUAUUUCUCUUCA